UACUAUAAGCAUUCAACAUGAAGUGCAUGAGUGGUUUGCUCCCAUGUCUGGUUGUGUGUUUGGUUUAUGUUGGCUCGGUGUGUGCCCAAACGGAACAUGUUGAAGGUGAUAUCCGUCUGGUUGAUGGGAUCUCCAAUUCCAACCAAGGUCGAGUGGAGAUUUAUCACAACGGUGUCUGGGGGACGGUCUGUGGCAGAAAUUGGGGUUGGGAGGAGGCUACCGUUGUCUGCAGACAGUUGUAUUUGGGGGAGGUCCUGCUCCAGAAGGCGUUUUUCGGCAACGGUUCUGGGCCUAUAUACGUCGGGGCAGACUGUCACGACCAUGACUUCCACAUCGAUGAUUGUCAUGGGUACUGGGAAGAGGUACCGACCACCUGUACACACGAGGAUGAUGUGGCUGUGAUCUGCUACCCAGAGGACCAUGAAGAAGUCGUUGACGGUUUAACGAUGUGGCAGGAAUUGAUCAUCAUAAUUGCAUUUGCAAUCUCCUUAAUGCUCUUUCUUAAAAUGGUCAAAUUUGUAGAAGACAGCAAGGUUGAUGUUGUCGGUGAUGACAUUGCUCUUAAAGAAAUAAAAACUGACGACCAUCCAUAUGCCGCUAGCCAACAUGUUAGUACAGCUGAUGAGUGUCAUGUCCCAGCUGAUACAGAGGCUGCAUCAACAAGUAAACAGGUAGACUACGCAAGUAAAAGUGAUGACACAACGAGUGCAUUUGAGGUCACUGCAAGCGAGACCGAUGUCAACAAAAAGGAACUAAAUGAGACUGAAGGAGUACAGAAACAUAUUUCAAGAGAUAAACCCAACAUCCAAAGUGUAGAUGUUUCUGUUCAGACUGUAGAGUGACACUGUUUUGUUAUGUGUUUGUUUUAACUUGGAAGUGUUAAAAUUGAUUUGUUCAAAGGACACACACUAAACUGUGUAGCUUUAAUUCUAACAACUAGUGAACACAACAUAUUUCAAUUACAUGUAUUACCAAUACAACCAUCACUACCACUAUUUUAAUUAUUUUCAUCAUAAGAGGUGUUGUGGCUCAGUGGAUAAACUCCAGACUUUAAACAACAAGGUCUACUGUUCCAACCUCCCUGCAUCACCAUAAACAUCAUCCUCAUCCUCUUCAUCAUCAUCAUCAUCAUGUAUUUUGGCCCAGUGGAUAAUCUCCAGACUUUGAACCACAAGGUCUAGGGUUAAAUACCCCUGCAGCACUAGUCUUUUGGCAAGGCAUUUAUCUACAUUUGCAACACUCUGCCGAGUCUAGUAAAUGGGUACUCGGGAGGAAGAAAUUUCUUGAAUGCUACAGUGUCUGAUCAGGGUAGCUGUGCUAAAGCCGAGGUAAUACGUGUAGUAUGAAGUGCUUAGAAUCAUUGUACUAAGCAAUAUAUCAAUGUUGUAUAUUAUCAUUAUUGUGAUUUAUAUCAUUAUCAUCAUCAUCAUGCUUUUAGUAUCAUCUUCA